UGAGACACCAGAGAAGGAGUCCCGCACGCGACAGUCAUAUUCACACAGUGCGACAGCACCAGUGCUUGCCUCCAAAUAACUUUCCCACUGAUAUUAUUAGUCUGUUUUACUCUACUUAGAUUUUGGGGUUCUUUUUGUAAACAUGGAUGUCCGAUGUGUGGAAGAUUGGAGCAAAGGCACGCGGGAGGUGUCAAUCCUCGACUCACGGCAACAGAGCCCGAGAGGGGUGGACCAGCUCGAGGAGUCCCGCUACGAUCCUGGGCUGACGCUCGUGGACGGCGGCAAUGACCCACGCGCCUGGCUGGCUCUGGUGCAGCCUUCUGGCACCUGCGAGGCACACGCCACUACACCUGACUACCUGCGGCACUCGCCCUGCCCGAGCACCGGCUCCUACCAAGAGAGUGGCUCCCCGGAGUCUUCGGGCCACCCCAGCCCUCCCUGCUACAGAAAAACUGCCAAGAGCCCCUCCUCUUCUUCGCUCAAAGUCAGGGACCUGUGCCGUCUUAAAGGCACGGUCACCGGGUGCGAGGAGGAUACGUCCACGAGACAGAGAGCCCCUUCCAGCAAACCCGUCGGCGGGGUCCAGAAGCAGAGGCGCGUGGCCGCCAACGCGCGGGAGAGGAGGAGGAUGCACGGACUUAACCACGCGUUUGACGAGCUGCGCAGCGUCAUCCCGGCGUUUGACAACGACAAGAAGCUGUCCAAAUAUGAAACUUUACAGAUGGCGCAGAUUUACAUCAACGCUCUGGCCGAGCUGCUCGAAGGCCCGGUCUCCUCCAGCGACAACCACGUCUCCAACAAUAACAGCUCGCCAAAGUCCGGCAUUACGCUUUCAUCCGCCGUUAAUUUUGACGGGGCGAAGGACAAGGCGUCCCCGUCCCCUACACCCGGGAGGACAGCGGCGGCGGUGCCCGUCUCAGGUGGCAGCUUACCUGCCCACAUAGGCGGGAUGCCUUUCCGCUCGUCCUUCGACGAUAGUUCGUUUUCCGCCCUGGUUGAAGAAGCUAUGCGUUCGCCCUCUCCUUCUUCAUCCACUCGGGCUGGCAGUUCGCUCGCACUGGUCACAGGUGGCGGGAAGGAGUCUCCACGGAGCGACGGGGAGUUUUCCCCGCACUCCCAUUUCAGUGACUCCGAUGAAAUAGCGAUGGAGCUCCACUCAAGUGAAGAAGAUGACCUCUCAGAACUCAAGCUACCCAGACACCGUCAUCAAGCCGUUUCUUUCUGAGUGAUUUAAAAAUAACAGACUAUAUUAAAGAUUCACUAUAGCCUGCAACAAAAUAAUGUCCAUAAACCGUGUCAAUCAUACGUUUAUCUGUUAGUAACAAAAC